UACUAUCCUGUCACUCUCGAUCUAAGCACUUGUUAUGGACAUACAAGGAUCCUCAUACAUCAAUUUGCAAGCAGGAUUCUUGAACUGAGGACUGGACUCCAUUGAGGCUCUGGGACUGUUCUAAAAGAGGAAGCACCAUGUCAGUCACCUUAAAGAGCAUUAAGAAACUUGGGAAGGAGAAUUCAUCUUUUGAGUAUGAUGAAUCAGAUAAUUUGAAGAAUACAGAAGACAAGUAUGAAAAUGGCAAUGCAUCAUCAAAUAAAGACACGUCUCAAGCCAGUAAAGCCAAUGACAGCAUACGUGUUGGCUUCUUCCAGCUGUUUAGGUUUGCCUCCUGCACUGAGACCUGUAUGAUGAUCUUCGGUGGACUGGCUGCAGUGAUCCAUGGGGCAGCUCAGCCGUGCAUGUUGCUGGUCUUCGGUCUCAUGAUUGACACAUUUAUAUUGUAUGAUAUAGAAACACAAGAACUCCAAAAUCCUAACAAGACUUGUAUAAAUCACACUAUCAUGUGGGUUGAUGGCUCCUUUGGAGAAGAAAAUGAUAAUGAGACAUUAAGCUGUGGAAUGCUGGAUAUUGAAUCAGAAAUGACAAGAUUUGCCAGUUACUAUGCUGGGAUAGGUUGUGCUGUUCUCCUUCUUGGAUAUGUACAGAUUUGUUUUUGGGUCACAGCAGCUGCCCAGCAGAUCCAGAGAAUAAGAAAACUCUACUUUCGGAAAGUGAUGAGGAUGGAGAUUGGAUGGUUUGACUGUACGUCAGUUGGAGAACUAAAUACCCGGAUGUCUGAUGAUAUAAAUAAAAUUAAUGAUGCCAUCGCUGACCAAGUUGGCAUAUUUAUCCAGAGAUUUACCACGUUUAUAUUUGGGUUCCUGUUAGGAUUUGUCAAUGGCUGGAAGUUGACUUUGGUGAUCAUCGCAGUGAGUCCUCUCAUUGGUAUUGGAGCUGCUCUUAUGGCACUGGCAGUGGCAAAACUGACGGGCAAAGAAUUGCUUGCAUAUGCUAAAGCAGGGGCAGUCGCGGAUGAAGUGCUCUCUGGUAUAAGAACUGUGGCAGCGUUUGGUGGAGAGUUAAAAGAAGUUGACAGAUAUGACAAAAACCUUGUAUAUGCCCAGCGCUGGGGAAUAAGGAAAGGUGUUAUUAUGGGAUUCUUCACUGGUUAUUUGUGGUUUAUCAUUUUCCUUUGCUAUGCUUUGGCUUUUUGGUAUGGGUCCAAAUUGGUCCUUGAAGAAGAGGAGUAUUCACCUGGAAACCUUUUGCAGGUGUUUUUUGGUGUGUUGGUGGGUGCCCUGAGCCUUGGACAAGCAUCACCCUGCUUACAGGCCUUUGCAUCUGGACGUGGAGCUGCCACAAAUAUAUUUGAAACCAUUGAUAAAAAGCCAAUGAUUGACUGCAUGUCAGAAGAGGGCUACAAACUGGAUAAGGUUAAGGGAGAAAUUGAAUUUCAUAAUAUUAACUUCUAUUACCCGUCCAGACCGGAAGUCAAGAUUUUAGACAAGCUAAGCAUGAUUAUUAAGUCUGGUGAGACAACAGCAUUUGUCGGACCCAGUGGAGCAGGGAAAAGCACAACUAUCCAACUGAUUCAGCGCUUUUAUGAUCCUGCUGAAGGCAUGGUCACUCUGGAUGGACAUGACGUACGCUCAUUGAAUAUUCAAUGGUUGCGUUCUCUGAUUGGUAUUGUGGAGCAAGAGCCAGUCCUAUUUGCAACAACAAUCGCUGAAAAUAUCCGCUUUGGUAAGGAAAGUGCUACAAUGGAAGAGAUUAUUACAGCAGCAAAAGAAGCCAAUGCCUACAACUUCAUCAUGGACUUACCACAGCAAUUUGACACCCUUGUCGGAGAAGGUGGUGGGCAAAUGAGUGGAGGGCAGAAGCAGAGAAUUGCAAUUGCUCGGGCUCUGGUCAGAAACCCCAGAAUCCUCCUCCUUGACAUGGCCACGUCUGCUCUGGAUAAUGAGAGUGAAGCAACGGUCCAAGAGGCUCUAGAUAAGGUUCGUUUUGGAAGAACAACCAUAUCGAUUGCACAUCGACUGUCCACAAUCAAAAAUGCAGAUAUAAUUAUUGGGUUUGAGCAUGGGCGUGCUGUGGAAAGAGGGACGCAUGAUGAGCUGCUUGACAGAAAAGGAGUUUAUUUUACUUUGGUGACAUUACAGAGUCAAGGAGACAAAGCGUUAACUGAGAUGGAGAAACAAGGAAACAAAGAAUUUGCGGAACCCAAUCUGGGGAAGGUUCAAUCAUUCAGAAGAGGCAGUUAUCAGUCCAGCUUGCGUGCUUCUAUUCGCCAUCGCUCAAGAUCUCAGCUGUCAAAUAUUGUCCCCGAUACUCCAUUUUUGACAGUACCGGACACAUCUGAGGCUUUAACAAAUGUUUCUCAGUAUAAGGAUGCAGAAAAGUCUACCAUGGAUUUUGAUGAUGAAAAUGUGGAGCCCGCUCCAGUUGCCAGAAUUUUGAAGUAUAAUGCUCCAGAAUGGCCAUAUAUGUUACUUGGUUCACUGGGGGCUGCUGUAAAUGGCGCUGUCAACCCUUUGUAUGCUCUGCUUUUCAGUCAGAUUCUUGGGACCUUCUCCCUACCCGAUGAGCAAGAGCAGAGAGAUCAAAUCAAUGGCAUCUGUGUACUUUUCGUUGUUAUUGGAGCCAUAUCUUUCCUGACACAAUUCUUACAGGGAUAUACAUUUGCAAAGUCUGGAGAGCUGCUCACCAGGAGGUUGCGUAAGAUCGGAUUUCAAUCCAUGAUGGGUCAGGAGGUCGGAUGGUUCGAUGACCCAAAAAAUAGCCCUGGAGCUCUAACAACACGUCUUGCAACUGAUGCAUCACAAGUGCAAGGGGCUACUGGAUCACAGAUUGGCAUGAUUGUAAACUCGCUAACCAACAUUGGCGUGGCUCUUAUCAUUGCAUUUUACUUCAGCUGGAAGCUGAGCCUGGUGAUCAUGUGUUUCCUUCCUUUCCUGGCAUUGUCAGGGGCCCUGCAAGCUAAAAUGCUUACUGGAUUCGCUAAUCAAGAUAAACAUGCAAUGGAAUCAGCUGGAAGGAUUUCCAGUGAGGCUCUUGGGAAUAUCAGAACCAUUGCUGGAAUUGCAAAAGAAGGGAAGUUUGUUGACAUGUAUGAGGAGCAGCUGGAAGCCCCCUACCGGUCAGCUAUCAAAAAGGCCAACGUAUACGGGCUGUGUUUUGGCUUUGCUCAGUGCAUUAUAUUUAUUGCCAACUCAGUCUCAUACCGAUAUGGAGGAUAUUUAGUGGAAGUAGAAGGACUACACUACAGCUUUGUGUUCAGAGUGAUAUCUGCAAUUGUGACAAGUGGACAGGCUUUGGGGAGGGCCUCAUCUUAUACUCCAGAUUACGCCAAAGCUAAAAUAUCUGCUGCACGCUUCUUUAAACUGGUGGAUCGUGUUCCCAAAAUUUGUGUCUAUAAAGAUGAAGGAGACAAAUGGAAUGACUUUAAAGGAGGCAUUGAAUUUAUUGACUGCAAGUUCACCUACCCUACCCGUCCUGAUAUCCAAGUAUUGAAUGGUCUUAACGUUUCAGUAAAACCAGGACAAACACUUGCAUUUGUGGGAAGCAGUGGAUGUGGAAAGAGUACCAGUGUUCAGCUUCUCGAGAGGUUUUAUGACCCAGACUUGGGCAAGGUGCUAAUAGAUGGCCGGAACACACAAAAUAUCAACAUCUCAUUUCUCCGGGCUAAAAUUGGAAUAGUGUCCCAGGAGCCUGUGUUGUUUGACUGCAGUAUUGCUGAGAACAUCAAGUAUGGCGAUAACAGUCGUCAGCUUUCCAUGGACCAAGUGAUGUCGGCCUCAAAGAAAGCACAACUGCAUGACUUUGUUAUGGGUCUUCCAGAAAAAUACGACACCAAUGUUGGAGCUCAUGGAUCUCAGCUCUCUCGUGGUCAAAAGCAACGUAUUGCAAUUGCAAGAGCCAUUAUCAGGGACCCUAAAAUUCUUCUUCUUGAUGAAGCAACAUCUGCGCUAGACACAGAAAGCGAAAAGACGGUUCAAGCAGCCCUGGACCGUGCAAGAGAAGGGCGGACUUGUAUUGUCAUUGCCCAUCGACUGUCCACUAUUCAGAACUCGAACAUCAUCGCCGUCAUGUCCCAAGGAAUUGUCAUCGAGAAAGGAAAUCACAAUGAACUAAUGGAGAAGAAAGGAGCUUACUACAAACUGGUCACAACCGGAGCACCUAUCAGUUAAUCACACGCUGCACAAAAGAAAGAUUCAAAAAUGCUACUCUGUAUUUUACAGUGUACUGUAGACAUGUAGACAUGUCUUAUGUAUAAGAUGUAAAAGCACCGGAUAGCAGAUGGAAUAAAAGGCAUUAUCUGAAUUGUCUUAUAACAUCUAUGAACAAUGUCUUUUAGCUGUAAUGUUAGAUAGUUAAUACUAUAUGAAAAAACAUGCCUGCAUAUUACUGUUCCUAACGUCAUCCCCAAUAAGAGGUAACAUAUGCACUGGUAAUCACCAGUUACACCAGAUACAGAAUGUUAUUCAUAAAACAGCAUACUGUAUAUUACAAGUAAGACUGAUGCUGUUGUAUAAUUAAGCACAAAACAUGUUCUUAAUCACAUGCAGUGGAGGCAUGCCUUAUCCAGCCAAUCAUAGUAUAUCACAAGCUACUGUUCAUCACUUAUUGAUAAAUAUGCUUAUAUUUCCUAAAGCUAAAACUGUGCCCACUAUUAAAAUAGCAGAUUUAGUUUCUACAGUGAUCUCCAUUCAAUGAGGGAUUAUUUAGAGACACUGCAUCUACAUUCUGACAGCUGGUCAAUGGUGUUUCCAGACAUCAUGUUUCGUCUGUAAAUAAUAAUUUUCUAAAGUAUAUUUAUUAAUAUGUGAUAUAUAUUAUAUAUGUGCAAAGUUUGCACCCCUCAUCUACAUGCCUGUAAACCGUAGAUUUACAUAAUAUUAAAUUAAUUAACUGUUUAACAAUUAAAAUAAUUUUAUGAAAUGGGAGCAAUAAAUCUAUAUUUUAGGAUAGUUAAAUAAUGGAUUUAUGUAUUAGAGAUUUCCUAGACUGAAUCUGAAUCUGAAAGAUUUGUUAUGCUUCUGGAAGCAAUAACCUACAUUCAUUUAUUGAUGUUUUGAAAACCAUACCAUACAAUGAUCUGAACAAUAAAUACCUUUUAAGAA